AUGGUGGCGGCUGGAGUUACAGGUGUACAUUUUUACAAGAAAAAGUUACAGCAGGCGCUUCGAUGUAGUCGGCGUGCGUACAUACUCGUUCAAGACACCAAUCCGCACGAUCGACACUUGUUCAAGUUGGCGUUUUCAAUUGCGGCACAAUUUGAGUCGCUAAAAAGUAGUAUGCUUGCAUUAAGGUACUAUCGUGAUGCGCUGGAACUCAACCCGCUUGAGCCAAAUGUCGCUAAGAAAGAUUGA